AUGCCUCAUGCCGUGGUUGAGUGCUUUGAUUUGCCCUAUUCCGGAAUCUUUUGGCAUGGUUUGACAUAUGUUCAGUGGCUAGUCGCUCGUGUUGUUCGGACGGGAGUUUUGUUGGUGGUACCUGACGAUCUAUGCGGUGGCAGCGUGGCUUGUGUAAAGUCCAAACGCAGACAGACUUCAAUUAUCCGAAUUAUCUACUGCGGACUACGAGGCACAAACCUAUCUCGUAAAAGUAACUGCACCCCAAGUAAUCAAAAGGAAGAUCUGAGGCAAUUUUGGAAUCUAUUUUUGGUUGAAUGCGAGAAUGCUCAAAUGCUCAAUACCGGUCCGUCCGUACAAGCCCCAGUUUGCCCAGCCACGAAUGGUUUCUGGAAUAUAGGUCAUCACCAAGCCAAGGAUAUGCUGCACUCUGAGAUUUUAUAG